CUAUGCCUCUCUCUCUCUCUCUAAAGAUGAAACAGAUAAAAUCAAAUAAAACAAAAAUAAAAAAUUCAAGAAUAAAAAGAAAAGGUUUUGAUACGAGAGCAAACCAGAGGCGUAGAUUCUCAAAUCACCAAGAGCCUCUCGAAUUCUCCCUCCAUCCUCCUCGCCGGCGUUCAACCUCGACGUUACACCUUUCUACGUCCCACGUUUUGACGUUGAUCCGAGAUUCUUUUCGAGGAUCGCUUUCUUAUCAGAGACUUGGCCUUGGAACAUAUUUUUGAAGAAUCUAUAUAGCUAGCUAGGGUUCUUAGGUCUGGUGAAGAAUACGUGCAGUAAAAAUUGUUCGUAUAUCUCUAGGAGUUGGAUUUUGAUAUUCUGGUUGAUGUACAUUUUGGACGUGAGAGUUUUGGAUUCCUUUUUUUGAAAAAUAUUUCAAUUUUUUGACGGAAGCUUACUUCUUGGUAACUACCAUGCAUGCAUGGGUUAGAUAGGGACUCGUCUUCGUGCAAUGAAAUGAGAUUCAACUGAUGUUAAACGAUUUGCUGGAUAAUGUUCCGAAAGGGAACUAGUUAUUUUCCGUUCCAAUGGCUGAGAGAGACGUCGAACAGGCCAUUACGUCACUUAAGAAAGGUUCCUACUUGCUGAAAUACGGUCGCAGGGGGAAGCCUAAGUUCUGUCCAUUCCAGCUUACAAGUGACGAGUCAACAUUAGUAUGGUACUCUGGCAAAGAAGAGAAGCAGAUUAAGCUUAGUCAAGUCCUCAGAAUUGUUCCUGGACAACGCACGGCUACAUUUAAGAGAUAUCCACGGCCGGAGAAAGAGUAUCAGUCCUUUUCCCUCAUAUGUCCUGAUAGGUCCUUGGAUUUGAUAUGUAAAGACAAGGACGAAGCAGAAGUGUGGGUUGUUGGUUUGAAGGCACUGAUCACUCGUGUAAAAAUCUCCAAAUGGAAAAACACUAUUAAACCUGAGAUCACUUCACCAGAAUGUCCAACACCUCAAGCACGAAGAGUGUCUCCAUUCGUAUCAAUCCUUGAUCAAGUUACUCAGCCCUCUACCGAGACUUCUACACCAAACCGUUUAGGAAAAGUCUUUUCCGACAUUGUCUCAAUAACUGCACCAGCCAAUAACAAUCAGACAGAAGCCAAUACUCUCAAUCCCAACCUAUACUGUCCUAUUUCUCCUGGUAAUGUGGAAAACCCGAAUUCACGGUUCUCCACCGGGGGUGACCUGGCUAGACUCAGCCUAUCUAGCGCUGUGAGUACAUCUAGCCAUGGUUCGUAUCACGAAGAGUUUGAUGCUUUAGGUGAUGUUUUCCUCUGGGGUGAAGCUAUAAGUGACGGUGUACUAAGUGGUACUGGAAAGACAUUACAUUCCACUACAGAGGAUGCACUUUUACCUAAAACAUUAGAGUCCACAAUAGUUCUCGAUGCUCAAAACAUAGCAUGUGGUAGGUGUCAUGCUGUUUUAGUUACAAAACAAGGAGAGAUCUUCAGCUGGGGAGAGGGAACAGGUGGGAAACUAGGACAUGGCUUAGAAAAAGAUACUCACCAACCAAAGUUCAUUAGUAGUGUCAGAGGGAUGAAUUUCAAAUCUUUAGCCUGUGGUGAAUUUCAUACAUGUGCUGUUACUCAAUCUGGCGAUCUUUAUACUUGGGGUGACGGCACUCGAAAUGUCGAUUUGCUUGGUCAUGGGAGUGAAUCCAGCUGCUGGAUUCCCAAGAGGGUGACUGGUGUCUUACAAGGAAUGCAUGUGUCUUAUGUGGCUUGUGGUCCUUGGCAUACAGCAGUGGUUGCAUCAUCAGGACAGUUGUUUACAUUUGGAGACGGAUGUUUUGGUGCACUAGGUCAUGGAGACAGAACAAGCUCUAGUGUUCCGCGCGUAGUUGAAAGCCUAAGUGAAGUAAGAGUAAUGAAGGUUGCUUGUGGAUUUUGGCAUACAGCUGCAGUGGUGGAGGUUACAAAUGAAGCAUCUGAUGCAGAGCUCUACUCUUCGUGUGGACAACUGUUCACAUGGGGAGAUGGUGAGAAAGGCCAGCUUGGUCAUGGUGACAAUUCGGCAAAGCUACUCCCUGAGUGUGUAACCUCAUUGACAGAUGAAAACAUCUGCCAAGUUGCUUGUGGACAUAGUCUCACUGUCUCUCUUACAUCCAAUGGACAUGUCUAUACAAUGGGUAGCCCGGCUUACGGCCAGCUGGGCAACCCUACGGCCAAGGAGAAGGUCCCUUCACGGGUCGAAGGAGACAUAGCAGAGACUUGUGUAGAGGAGAUUGCGUGUGGUUCUCAUCAUGUGGCUGUGUUGACAUCUAAAUCAGAGGUUUACACUUGGGGAAAAGGAUUAAAUGGUCAGUUAGGACACGGAACCGUUGAGAACAAAAGAGAACCUGCUGUUGUUGGGUUUUUGAAAGAAAAACAAGUCAAGGCUAUAACAUGUGGUUCCAACUUCACUGCUGUGAUUUGUCUUAACAAAUGGGUACCUGGCUCUGAACAUUCUCUCUGUGCUGGUUGCCGUAACCCUUUCAAUUUUAGAAGAAAACGUCACAAUUGUUACAACUGUGGUCUCAUCUUUUGUAAAGUAUGCAGCAGUAGAAAGUCUUUGAGAGCUGCUCUUGCGCCUGAUAUGAACAAACCAUAUAGAGUGUGUUAUGGAUGUUUCACCAAGCUGAAAAGGUCUAGAGAACUGUCUCCUCCUCCUCCUACUCCACGUACAAGAAACCUUUUGAAUAUGCGAAAAUCGACCGAUGUUUCAGAAAAAACUCCAAAACUCCUCUCACCACACUCCAGAAUAGCCUCGGCUGACUCUUUAGUGCAAUAUGGCGAAGGAAGACACAGCAAAAGAGACGUGAAACCGGAAGCAAGUAACAGUAAUGUCUUCGCCUUAGGCAGUGUACAGCCAGCUAUGUCGCCGUUAUUAAGAGGAUCAAUAGCUUGGCCUAGAAUCUCCAAAAAUAUGAUAGUUAAAGUUCCUGGUUCAAGAGUUAGCUCUCGCACAGCGUCUCCUGUUUCAGUGAAGUCAACUAGUCCACGCCCAUCUCAUGAAGUAACAACUGAUGAAUCUAAACACAUAAAAGACAGUUUUGGUCAAGAAAUUGUGGGUCUAAAGGAACAUGUAGAACAACUGACUUCCAAAACACAACAACUUGAAGAAGAACUUGAAAAAACUAAAAGGCAGUUGAAAGUGGUCACUGCAAUGGCAGCAGAUGAAGCAGAGGAAAACAGAUCCGCAAAAGAGGUUAUUAGAUCUCUAACCACUCAGGUACAUUUAUCUUACUUCUUAUGUUUCUUAUAUCGAUGUCGCAUAAUGUUAACAAUGGUCUUGCAGUUGAAGGAAAUGUCUGGAAGAUUACCUCAAAAGGAUGAUACUAGCACUAACUUAAGACACACAGAAAAAGAGACAACAUUAGAGAGUCAAACUCAGACUAGUUCCCAGACACAUAUAAGAAGUAUGGUCCCUCAUGAUAGUCAAUCAGAAAACAACUUAAGUAAGAGUUUUGUUAAUGGACAUAGAAGACAUAAUGAGAAGGCAGAGAGAGUUGUGCAAGACGAACCUGGAGUUUAUUUGACACUGUUGUCUUUACCUGGUGGUGGUAAUGAACUCAAGCGUGUCCGGUUCAGCCGGAAACAGUUUACUGAAGAACAAGCAGAGAAGUGGUGGGGUGAAAAUGGAGGUAAAGCUUGUGAGCGACACAACAUUCUAGUUUCCUAGGAUCUCAUUUGUCUUCAAUAGAGAAAGAAAGGGAGAGAGAGACAGACAAAGACAAAGAAAAGAUAGCGACAUGUAGAAUAAAUAGAGAAACAUAUGUUUUGAGGGUUAAAACCAACAUGUUUUCUGCUAUCAAUAGAAAAAAGUUUGAUGAACUGAGUAUUGCGUGGUUCCCAAGGAAUAUGAGCAUUUAAACGAGGAAUAUCUCUGUUGAAUACGUGUAAGUAAAGAAACAGUUCUACAAUAAUCAUAAUCACCAAGAAUGCAUCAAUCACAACAAGUCAACAACACUGAGGAAACCUGAUGAGCUCUUAUUAACUGACAAUAGUCAUAAUCACCAAUUAUUCAAAUGGGAAAUUUGGUUUGGUUUUAGAUUGUUUUUUGUCAAAAUAAAAAGAAGAUAAUAGGUUUGUGUUCGAUUGUAUUUCUUUUUGUAAAGUAUGUUAUUAAUUGUUUGUCAAAAAAAGAGUAUGUUAUUAAUUUUUUGGAUUGAAAAAUCUUUACGGUAGAAUAAGAUCUUUUCGAGUUUUGAAUUCGUGAUUUAUUUGUGCCAGAUUUUUUUUUUAACUGGUUUGGUUUGGGUUUUGUUAAGAUUUAAGUCAGAUGAAAUUUCAAUUUGGUUUAAUAAGGAGCUUACAUAUAUAAACAUUAUACCAAUUUGUCUAUAUAGACGUUUUCAACUCCAACAUUGAAAGGAUAUCUACUUUUAGCAAAAAGAAAAGAUUAUAAUUUUGUAUCCAUUUAUUAAUUAAUUACUAUAUGAUACUAUCUUAUUCUCAAAUUAAGUGAUGGUAGAUCACAAAAGGCCAACUUUCGUUGUCUCGGUUGAUACCUAUUUUUGUCUCUUCAACUUUUGUUUUGGGAGAAUGUUGUUUUGGGAGAAUGAGUCUAGAAGGAUAAUGAAUAAGAUCAUGCUGACUCAGAGGAGGUUACGUAACGUGGAAAGGCUAGUCAAAGUAGAGAGUACGGUAGUAGUGAGAGGUAUCAUUUGGAUGAUCAUUGUAAACUCUAGUUUAUAGUUUGGCCACUUUUAAUUUUUUUAGUAAUUUAUAAUUCAUAGGCAUAGACUCAAUUUACUAUGCGUUGUGAUUAGCCAUAGACUCAAUUAAGGUUAUUAAUUAAGUAGAAUACUGCCAUCAAUAUAAACAUUUACUUAUCACAAUUGUAAAGUAAGUUAUUAACAUAAUCUUGGUUAAAGUUAUUAAUGUCAUUUUCUGAGAAAUACAUUAAGCUUAUUCAUACAUGAAACAUGUGCCAUUUAUUUAUAACAACAUUCCAAACAAUCAUUUCAAAUUACACAUUUUGGCCAGUCUAAAUAAUUACAAUCAUCAUGAGUCUCCACUCUUUAGGCUUGGCCCAUGGCACAAGCAAAGUAAGCAAUGGCUUAAGUCCCAACAAAUUUA